AGACAAUUACCUGUAACUUGGCCCUUGGUAGUUCGCUUCAUAUCCGCUCCAUCCUUGCUGGAACUUUUUCGACAGUAACUUAUUCAUGCCAUCUUAAGAAACGCAAACAUUGAAUAAUUUAUAUUGUCGCAUAGUUUCAAAUGAGUCGUUGGAGGCACGGCGAUCCCCGCGGCCAGUGGAGCAGCAUGUGAACGUACCGCUUAGCAAGCUAAGAAGGCACAAUGGAUGUUCUCGCCAUAACAACAGCGGGAUAUGGAGGGAGGUUGUGCUUUUUGGAUGAAACCAGCCUCUGCUAUGCAAGUGGGCAUGGCGUCGUCAUUCACGACAAGGAUACCGGUUUGCAGAAGCACAUCUGGACGCUCCCCGAGGGUCAUGGCCACCCGCCCCCCAACAUGGCCCCCGCCACCUUCGCCACCUGCCCCGGCGGCCACCUGCUGGCCUACGUGCAGCAGGGCGGGCAGCAGCAGCAGAUCCAGGUGGUGCAGCAGGAGACGCUGCAGCCCGCCUCAACCAUCAAGGACCCCGGCGCGCGGCAUGUGGAAUUCGCGCAGCUCGCUUUCGACGCCGAGGGCACCCGCCUGCUCAGCAUCGGCGGUCCGCCCGACAACCAGCUGGACGUGUGGGACGUGGACACCAAGGAGCCGCUGGUGCGGAUGCAGCUGCCGGAUGCGCUGACGGGGCUCGAACCCGCGUUCUUCCCGCUGAACAGCGAGGUGCUUGCGGUGGCGGGACCGGAUGCGGCGCGGGUGGUGUGGGACGAGCCGCUGGUGGGCACGCAUGUGGUGCGGCAGAGCGAGGUGGACCUGUCGGUGCUGGUGGAUGGGGAGCGGCUGACGUGCAUUGCCUGGACCCCCAAUGGCACGCUGCUCCUGGGAACCAACGCGGGCCGACUCCUGGGGGCCAAGCGCGCGGCGCCACCUGCCGUACCCGCCGGCGGCUGGGGCGAGCAGCUCAGCGGCGGUCACCUGGCGGAGCUGCUGUACGGCGACCCGGUGCCGCCGCCACCGCCGCCGACGGCACCGCUGACGGCGCUUCCGUCGCCUGUGUCCAUGCUGGCGAGCAGUGGCGUGGCGGCGGCACGGACGGGCGUGGUAGCGGUGGUGCCGACCGCGACGCAUGUGCUGCUGGUGCUGGCGGGAGACGCGGAGACAUCCGCGCAGCUGGUUUGGCUCUGCCCGCAAACCCUCACCCUCGUUGGCAGCUCCGCGCUGCCCCUGCGCAGCCUCGUUCGAGCCGUCGCAUCUCCCUCGUACACCCAACUCGCCAUCGCCGACGCUGACGGCGCCAUCUUCCUCUGCUCCACCGCCUGCCCUGCCAGUGCCGACGGCACUCGCACCACCGAAAGCGGCAACUCGCUUCCCAAUGUUCACAGCAGCCAAAGCGGCGCGGUGGCCGGCGGCGUGUCGGCGUCGCCGUCGUCUACGACGACGGACAUCUGGGCGAUUCCCACCUCGCCGCGGCAUGGCAACAGUCGCGCCGGCAGCCCCACGGGGGACGGGCUCGGCGGCAGCUGCUCUGCGAGCCAGUCGGGGGCGGCCGCGCAUCUGCAGAUGGUGGAGGUGGCUCGCUUCCACCGGGGACGCAUCGUGUCGUGCCUGUGGCUGUCCCACACGCGACUGGUAACAGCUGGCGCGGAUGGCUCGGUGCGCAUGUGGAGCUACCUCCCCACCGACACCUCCGCUGGAGACCCGCCCGACCCCGGCGCCACCCCUUCAACCACAACCGCAGCCCCCAGCUCCUCCGCAGCCCCCUCGCCCUCCCCCGCGCUCCUGCUGGACGCCAUGUGGCACGUGGAGCAGCCCGUGACGUGCAUGAUCGGCCUGAACCCCCCCUCCGGAGCGGCCCCUGAAAGCGCCAGCGCCAGCGCCUCCGAAACCAGCGUCCCCGACGUGGUGAUGGGGCUUCCCGUGGCAGGGCACCAUACACACACGCACUACCGUGGUGGUGCCGCAGGAGGGGGAGGAGGGCCGGGUAAUGUCGUACCGUUGCCGCCGGCGUUUCUGAUUGGUACGGCAGGAGGUGUUGUACAGUUGUUUAAUACGGAUCGCGUGCCGGCUGUGGCGGCGGAGGUGGCGGAUGUGGGUCCGGUGGUGAAGUCGCUGUCACCGACGUGGGAGGUUCGGCUGUUUGAUGGGCCGGCUACGGCAGCCGCGUUCUCACCGGACGGCCACUACUGUGCCGUGUCCUGCACUGCCGAGUCCAAGGUCGCCUUCCUGCGCAUCAUGGUGCUGGGUCACGAGAUCUCCAUGCGCGUGCUGGGCUUCUACCCCAUGCGGGAGCCCAGGCACCUCGCCUGGGCGCCGCCGGAGCCCGGAGGCAGCGGCAUCCACCCCAUGCUGGUCGUAAGCUCCAUCCUGGGGGAGGUGGUCGUGCUGGGUAUUCCUGAUGCCAGCGCCAUCGAAGACGCCUCCCAGGAAGGCCUGCUGACCCGUGGGUCGCUCGUGAAGGCGACGUUCCGCGCGCAGUCGCACAUCACCAGCCUGGCGGUGUAUCCCUCGGCGGGAUCGGAGGCGCGCACCGGCGGAGGGCACUUUUGGGUGUUUGCUGCGUGCUCGGAUAAGAGCAUUCGGAGGUACCGGAUGUGCACGGACCAGCAAAAGGCUGCAGCAGCCGUCGCCGCCCGCGCCUCCGCUGUCGCCGCCGCUGCCGCCGCCACCGGCGACGGCGCCGCUGCCACCUCCCCCACCACCUCCGUCGGCAGCUCGCCCUACCGCGGCGGCAGCAGCGGCUCCCCAAACCUCACCCGUGGCAAGUCUUUUGGCAUGGGACGAGCCAUGUCCAUGGCCUCGACUCAAAACUUCCAAAUGCCGGAAUGCGAGAAGCAGAUGGAGUUGCAGCUCGCGGCAACCGCCAUGUCCAUCAGCCUGGUGCCUGGUGCGACGGCGGCGGCGGCAGCCGCCGCCGUCGCCGGCGGCAGCGGUGGCGGAGGCUCCAUCGCCUCCGCCACCACCUCCACCUCCACCAUCGGCGGCGGCUACCACGGCCCGCCGCUGCGCAUGGCGGUGGCUGCGGGGGACGGCAGCGUGGCGGUGUACAAGCUGCCGGAGAUAAGCCUGCAGGGGCGCUGGCUGCUGCAUGAGAUGGCGUCCGGCGGCGCGUCGGCGGUGUGCCUGCUUGGUGACCGGCUGCUGUCUGCGGGCGGUGAGGGAACCAUACAGGUCGUGGAGCUCUCCAACGCCGCCGGUCGCGCCCGCCACGCCACCCACCGUGCCAGCCACGUGGGCGGCAGCCAGGCCUCCGCCAGCGUCCUCUCCGCCUUCAGCGGCGGCACCGCCGUCGUCAGCAACCCCUCCGGCCCCUCACCCACACCCGGCGCGCGUCCGGUGCUUGUGGGCGGCAUGGCGGCGCAGCGCAGUGCCUUCUUCACGGCAACCGGGCCACCGAGGCCGCGUGGCCUGGAGCGAGCGACCCUUGGGUCGCUCCUGCCGGUGUACAGCCGGGCGCUGCUGCCGGGGGUGCGGACAGGCGCGGAGGGGGCACCAACGUGGCAGCAGGCCAGGACCCAAGCCAUCCAGCAGAUGCACCGCGAGCAGCUCGCCACCUUCCGCGCGCGGGCGCAGGCGCAGUGCCGCGAGUGGGCGCAGCGCAUCGAGCAGCUCAAGGAACUGAACGAGGCCGCGGAGGGUAUGGAGCGGCUGACGCCCGAGGAGUUUGUGAUCGACGUGGGGUUGCGGCGGGACAUGCUGGCGGCGGGGGAGGCGCGCUACCGGGCAGUGAAGGCGAGGGUGGCGAGGGAGAUGCUGAUGCUGCAGUACAAGCGUCAGAAGCUGCGGGAGGAGUGUCAGGGGGGCAUGGAGGAGGUGGCUCGCCCCCUCAUGGCGCUCCCCGAGUACACCUUCGUCACCCCGGCUGACACAGCGGAGGCGCGGAAAGCCCGAGGGGAUGGAGGUGCUGCUGCAGCUGCUGCCGCCGCUGCUGGUGGUGGUGGUGGCGGAACUGGCGGUGCUGCCGGCGGUGCUGCCGGCGGUGCUGCCGGCGGUGCUGCCGGCGGCGGCGGUGGUGGAGGUGCCGAGAUUGGAGGAGUGGUGGCGGCGCGGACUUCCACUCGCUCCCCCACGGACUCGUGUGUGUGGAGCUACGGGCUGCGGAAGAUGUCUCCGGCGCAGCAGCUGCGGUUGCGGCAGGUCACCUUCCUCCGCAAGGUGGAGCAGGCGGAGUGCGCGCAGCGGUACGGCAUGGACCGCGGCGCGGUGGUGCCGCUGCGGCGCUACCGGGGCGACAUGCAGCGGCGCUUCCACCUGGCCACGGAGGGGGAGGAGGCCGCAGCAGCGGGGGGGAAUGCGGGAGGGCAGGGAGGAGGGCAGGGAGGGCAGGGAGGAGGAGGACAAGGAGGGCAGGGAGGGCAGGGAGGAGGAGGAGGAGGGCAGCUGGGGCGUGGGGUUAGUUUCCAGCAGCAGCCUGGGCAGGGAGGGGGGCAGCAGGGAGGGGGGCAGCAGGGUCAGAGCUAUGAUGACGAGUUGGAGCUGGAGGAUGAGCCGCAGGGGGGAGCGGGGGGGCUGAGCAGGUCGGCUACACGGAAGUUCCGAGAGGACGGUUACGAGGGGUCGGAGCUGGGGUACGGCGAGACGGGGCUGCUGUACGCGGACGUGCAGCUGUACACGCACUGCCGGCGGGCCGCGCAGGUGGUGCUAAUCCAGGAGGAGCUCCGCGCCCUCCGCCGCCUCUUCAACGCGCGCUGGCGUGCGGCCCGCACCGCCAAGCAGAAGGGUCUGGACCGUAUCGACGAGCGGCUGGGGCGCAUCGUGGAGAUACAGCGCGAGCUGACCAAGCUGGCGCUGGAGGAGGGCGCGUGGGAGCCGCCGGCCGCCUGCGCCGCGCACACCCCGGGCGAGCUGUACUUCUGGACGGAGGCCGAGGAGAUGGUGGCGCUGGCGGAUGUGCGGUAUGAUGAGGUGAAAGUCCCCAAGUACGUGUCCCCCGAGGAGCUGGCUCGCCGCGCCGCUGCCGCCGCGGAGGAGGAGGCGGCCCGCCGGCGCGCGGAGGCGGACGACUCGCGCAACCGGGCGCUGCGGGAGAUGAUGAACAGCUCACCCGCAGUGACGCGACAGAUGGGCAAGCGCGGCAAGAACCGGCUGGUGCGGGAGGCGUGGAUGGAGCUGCCCCCGGGGCAGAUGAGCAAGGAGCAGCGGCAGAAGCUGGCGGAGUGGGAGCGAAAAGUGGCGGAGCACGCCGAGGAGCUGGAGAAACACCGGCGGCUGCUGGAGGCGGAGCGGCGGGCGCUGGAGGUGGAGAUCGUAGACACGGCGGCGGGCAUGAACGCAGACCUGGCCAAGCUGAGCCAUGCGAAGGUCCGCAUGGACAUGGAGAUCGUGCACCUGGAGCGCCGCGCAGUGGACCUGGCCGCCACCGAGGCCGCCCUCGCCACCACAGAUGCCGUACGCGGUGCGCUGGUGGGGCAGCUGUCGGCGCUGACCAGCCGGCGGGCCCGGCGGGCGCCGCUGCUGGCUGCGCUGGAGCACCGGGUGGCGGUGGCGCAGCGGGCCUUUGAGGACGUGGCGUUCUCGGAGAAGCAGGUUGACAAGGCGUUCCGGCGGGAGUUCAGCAGUCGCCCCGAGCUCUGGGACGACGCACAAAAGGUCUACCGCGCCAGGACGCACCUGCUGCAGGCCUCCCCAUCAACGGCCUCAGCAGGCAUUACAGAUGCCUCAGCGCCCGGCAACCGGCCUGGCAGCAGCCUAGGGGGCGGCGGUGGUGGCGGUGGUGGUGGCGGUGGCGGUGGUGGUACCCCGCUGCUGCCGCGCAAGACGGCUCUGGAGCUGCUGAACAAGACGCCCGAGGGGGCGGCACUGGCGGUGGCCCUGGAAGCCCCGGGGCCCGCUGAGGCGCUGCUGGCCCGCUCGCAGUCCGUUGCGGCGUCCUCACCCGUCAGCCGCCAACACAGCGUCGCCCUGGCCCUCAGCCGCCGCUCCACCGCCCUCGAGUCGCUGGGCAGCACCGGCGGCGCCCCCGGCCCCGACCUGCUGCUGGUCACCCCGCGGGCGGUGGUGCGGGACAUGGCGCACCUGGCGAGACCCAAGCCGCGGCCCGGGUCGCCGCUGCAUGAGUUCGCGCGGAGGCACCUGGCCAGCAGGCCGGCGUCGCCGCUGGAGGACGGUCCCCGCAGCAUGGCCGCCUACCGCUCCGUCUCCGCGCCACCCCUGCGUCCACCCACCUCCACCGGGGGCGGGGAGCUGCCAGCUGCCGGGGAGGCAGCAGACGACGCAGCCACGGUAGCUACCACUGCCGCCGCCACUGCCGCCACCAUCGCCGCCGCCGCUACCACUACUACUACCACUCACGAUGGCAGCGGCGGUGCCGGCGGGGAGGAGGGUACCGCUGCUGGUGAUGGUGAGGGCGGAGACAGUGCAGGAGCAGCAGCAGCAGCAGGCGGGGGAGGAGGUGGUGGAGGUGUGCUAGCGUCGCGGCGGGGUGUGCCGCAGCGCUCCCCCGGUCUGCGGCUGCGGGCGCUGGCGGAGCGGUCGGGGCGGCCGCUGGACCCGCUGCUGCAGAUGGUGGCGGAUGGCCUGCCCGCCUCGGCCCUGUCCUCCGAGCUGGGGCUGCUGGGCCUGCAGCUGCCCGGCAACCCGCACGGCAACCAGGACCCCUUCAAGGUCGAGGCCCCCAUCCGUGUGUUCAACCCCGAAGCCACGGGCGCAGCGGAGGCGUUGGUGGAGUCGCUGGCGGGUGCGGGUGGGGGAGGAGGAGGAGGUGGACACGGCAGCCCCACUCGGGAGCGCAGCUCGGCAUCGGGCGGCCGCAGCACCAACACAGGCAGCGUGUCCCCCACCCGCGGCGAGGAGGCCCCCCCGGAGGGCGAGGAGGAGGACCCGCUUGACUCCCGGGAGCGGCCCGAGGGCAUAGAGGACGCGCUGUGGAUCCGACUGCUGGAGUUCAGGCAGACGCGGGCUGAGCUGGAGAGGGAAGCCGAGGAGACCUGGCGACGUGUGUCGCUGCUGACCGCCCAGCUGGACUGGAUGGAGCUGGAGGAGUCGGAGAUGGAGGCUCAGGUGGAGGAGGCGGGUGCUCGUGCGGCGGCUCUGCGGGAGGGUGCGGCGCAUAUGGGUCUGGACGUCAGCCUCACCUACCGCCUCAAGAACGGCCAGGUGGAGCUGACGGAGAAGCUGGGCGACGUGAUGGGGGUGGGCGACAUGCUGGCGGACGGGGUCAUCCUGCACCGCAACCGCAUAGAGGCGCUGAACGAGGAGGUGCUGUCGCGGGGGGAAGGAAAGAUCGAGUUGCUGGACACGCUGCGCUACACUCGCCGCAAGAUCCACCUGACGCAGUGGGAGGCGGAGGCGGCGGAGCUGUCGGGGCGGCACGCGGCGCAGCGGCUCACGGAGCUGCAGCUGCUGCACGUGACCAAGGACCUGCAGGCGGUGCUGCGCGACCCUACCAUCGUGGACCGCCUCAACGACGAGGCGCGCCUGGCGGUGCUCUGGCAGUCCGCAGCCAACCUGCACGCGCACCGACUGGAGCAGCGCAAGCGGGCGGCGGCGGCGCUGUUCAGAAGGGUGUCGCGCAGCGGAGCGGAGCAGGGCGAGCUUACCGUGGCCGAGGCCGCCGCCGAGUCCGCCUUCCAGGACUCCACCCGCAUGCACGCCAUGAUGAGCGCGGCCAAGGCGGAGGAGGACGCCACGCAGCGCCGACACAUGCGCAACAUAGUCACCAACGCGCAGCUGAGGGCCAUCGCGGCGCAGCAGGGCGCGGAGCUGGAGCGGCUGGCGGACGCCCUGCGAGCCGCACACGGCAGGACCUUCCCCACACUGGUGCAGCAGGGGCAGUGGACGCCGCCGGAUUACCGGCCGCCGCCUUCGGCGGCGGCUGCUGCUGCUGCCGCCGCCGGAGGUGGAGUGGCGGUGACGGCAGGCGGCAGGACAUCGCCGCCGGGCAGCCGUGGCGGGAUGUUCAGUCGGCGGUCGAGUCGAGCAGGAGGAGGGGAAUCCAGGCCGCCGUCGGCGAUGAUGGCGCCGCAGCUGCCAGGGGUGCUGCAGCGGACAGGUGGCGGGGGCGGAGGAGGGCCCGGGUCGCCGCCGGCGACGCCGCCGCUGCUGCCGCGCACCGGCAGCGGCCUUACGCGCAGCGGCGGCGCGGGCGCGACGCUGACGCGCGCCUACGCAGCCACCUCUACCAGCCUCGCCAGCGCUGACGGCGCCGCCGCCGCGGCCGCGGCCGCCGUCGCUGGCGGGGCAAUCGUGCUUCCGCCCAGUGUGGUUGCGGCACUUGGCGGCGCCGUCGCUGCCGCCACGGCGGCCGCCGCCGCUAGCGCUGGCGGUGGCUCUCCUGGCUCUCCUGGAGCGCUGGGCGGUGGCGCCGCCGCUGCGGGCCUGGGAGUGGCGCCGGUGCCGCCGCCGGUGGGGCCGCUGAGGCCCACGUCUGCGUUCCGUCCGAGCAGCUCAGCCUCUCGCAGGCGGUGAUGCGUGACGCGGGAUGUGAUUGGUUGGACAGAUUGGAUGGAGAGGAUGCGUGGAAGAGGGCCUUCCUAGAUAUGAAAAGCAGCGGCAGCAGUGACUGCUGCUGCUGCACCUGUGCCAGCCAGGCGACCAAGACCGAUGGUCAUGAGACUCACGACUGAGGUCCCUUCCGAGUGCAGUAUGAACAGACGCCCGCUAAGCACCUGCGACAAGGGCGCCUGGAAGAGUGUGUCUGGGGCACAUUGCUUUCCCUCCUGAUUGCGGGGAUCAGCGUGAUAAGGAGGCCGGCUAGGCUGUGUGGGCGGCGUCUUGUGCGGUGUCCUAGUAUGGCGUGCUGAACUGGUGGUAUGAGGUGGCGGGAUGGAGCAGAGCAUACCGUAGUAGAGGGCAUCUCCUUUGCAACUUUUGGCACGUCUUCUACUUUAGGCAAGGUGUGUGCUCAUAUUGGUAUAAUUGCACUGCGACCAGUCUUAACAGGUAGCGUUCGUAUGCGACGACUGCGGGCCUCUUUUGCAUCUGUGCAUGUAGGGGUGUGCGGUGGACACAUGGGACGGAAAAGCUGGCGUGCACAUCGCAUGUAUGGCUUAGCGAGCCAGGAUCAAUCCUGCCUUGGAAGAAUCUGUUGAGGCUUUCGAGCUAACGGACAAUUGCGUGCGAAAUGAUUGUUGGCAUGAACACCGACAUGUGGUAGCUAAGGUCUGAACAUACUCAUGAGCAAAGACAGCCCAUACGCCCGAAAUUCCAGCACCAGUAUGGUUGUACCCACAACACGCAACACUGUCUUCAGGACGCACAGCAGCUUCCAGAGCCCAUCUAGCCACAUGAGAUGGCACACGGUUGCUCCUAGGCCUGGACGUCGCACGACGGGGCGCUGCGAAUGACCGCUGUCGCCUGUUAGUGCUGUGCUUGUAUGUGUGUACCACGUUUACUGUUCCGGCUUUAAGGGCUAGCUGUACUAUGCAUGUCCAUUGCCGUACAUGGCUGCACCCUGGGGCGCAUUUUGGGGGCUUAGCCCUUCCGGUGAUAAGUAUUACAGCGAUCAGCUUUGCGUGAGCAUUAACAAUGAUGCCUCGGAGUCCAAUGUUGGGCGACUUCAAUGGAAUUAGCUCAUGGGUCAUGACGAUUAGCCUGACUGGCAGAGCGAUUAAGCGAGGCUUGAAUAUUUCCCUAAACCUAGCAUACGCUAGGCAUCAACUAAGCGACUCCACCCUUACCAUGCUUUGAAGUUGCGUUCUGGGCUUCGGGCUUCCUUCCUUCCUCCCUCAAGCAGAAAGCGCAUACUGCAACGCCCUUAGAUACAAAGUAGUACUGCGUUGCUCCUUAGGCCUCAACAUUACUAUUAAGUCAGAUUGUGCCCAACUGCCGCCCGUACAGAGGUGUAAGCAAACAAACAAGCGGCCAAAGCCCCAGUAACUAUACAAUUUUGUUGGAGUUAGGUGUCCUCAGCCAUUGCUUACAUUAUUGCAUAGGACCCUUUCUGACUUCUGCUGGGCUGGGGUCGCCCGCCCAAGCCCUUUGCUGGUGCUUCUCCAUAGCACCAUACGCGUUGACCUUCGUUACAGAGCGCAACCUGCCCGCCUGGCUGUGCACGCUGCUUCGCCCAUUUUCAGUACCAGCAUGCCUCCUCCCAUCGCUGUCCUCAACAGCAUUCAUUACGCCCGGGUUCAGCCCUUUCGGAACAGCGCUGGACACCGCAAUGCCUUUUGCUUCACCUACAGCGCUUUGCCGCUGGCGUCUCUUGGCCCAUCCUGUCCUUUUCGCCAAGCAAAAGCAGCAGACACGAGCACCUUCAGUAAUCGCCUGAUUGCCACCUCAGCUACUGGCCCGCAGCAUGGGAAUUCGCAUAGCAAUCCAGGGACCACGGCGACACCAGGCGGAAACACAAAUAGCUGCUUGCGAAGCAGCUACGACAAUGACAGCCAGGACGCCGACGGCAGCAGGAACGACAACAAUACCCGCAGCAGCAGCUACCCUCCUCCCGGCACCCUGGACAAUUCCUCGGUCACGUCGAUGGACUGGAACGACUGGCUCAACAGCGCCUCCUCAACAUCAUCCAUGUCAACAUCCUCGAUGGACAACCCAGAGGACAUGCCACCCGUGCCGGCCUUUGCGACCUCGGCAUCUCUCUCCGCUGCCGUGUCCAGCCGGAGUCGCGACCAAGACGGCGAUAGCAACAGCGGAUACAGCAGCAGCGAAAGCCAGAGUGACAGCGACAGUGCUGCUGACAUGACGAGCCGUGGGAACGAUGGCAAUGGUGAUGGUAGCGCCGACGAUUACGGGGAAACUGGUGGCCGUACUGCUACCAGUACUGGUACGACAGUACCUGAUGCUGCUAACGCCCAGAAUCAAAAUGCAAGCGCCAGCAUUAACGGCCGCAACAGCACCAAUUCAAAUAGCGCCAACAGCGGCGCUGCCACCACCACAACUGCAACGCUAACCAUCCGCAUCGCCUUUCACGCUGUGGCCGCAUCCUUUGACCGGCGGCAGUUGGAGACGCGGCUCAAGUCGUUGUACGGCAGUGCGGCUGUACGGAAGUACCCCGACGUAAUCCACUGCCAGCUCAGCAGGGGCCGGGAGGGGCAGCCGGGCGCCGACGCCUUCUUCUUCGACUACGGUGUGGUGGCCUGCUGGGGGCUGCAGCCCGAGCUGGAGCGGCGGCUCGUACAGGAGCUUGCCGUACAGUGUGCCGUACAACCGCUGCCGCCACGAGACCGGGAGACGGACGUCUUCAGAUGCGCCUUCACCUCCAACCCCUCAGGGCUCAUGGGGGGUGCGGGUGGUGCUGGUGCUGGUGCUGGUGCAGGCGGCGGCAGCGGCGGUGAAUCCAGAGGCGAUACCAUGGCCCCUGCUGUCACAGGCGCGCUUAGCAAUCAUGGUGGUGGCGAUGGCGAUAGCAGCAGGAGUGGCGAUGCCGGCGGCAGUGCGGGGGUAGGGCAGCCUCCCGCGGCAACACCACCGCCGCCAGCAGCGCCACCUGCUGCUGCUGCUGCGGCCUCCAUUCCCCCUCCCGUUGCUGUUGUUGACUUGGACACCCCGGGCGGCGGCAGCAGCAGCGGCAGCAGUACCGUGAGUGGCCGCAGGUUGACGAGGCGAGCGGAGCGCAGCGGCAGUGCCGCCGUCGCCGCCACGGUCGCCUCCGUUAGCCCAGCAGCAGCAGCAGGGGCAACAACACCGCUGCUCUCCAAACCCGUACCCACUCCGCUGCCGCUGGCGCCGCCUCAGUCUCAGCCGCCGCCGCCGCCCCAGCAGCAGCUUCAGCAGCCGACGGAGGCUCAGGCCAGGCAGCCGCGGCCCCCUCCACCGCCCCCACCUGCGCCCGCGGGUCCCCACUCCCUGGUGUCCUUCCCGCCCCAGAUCACGGACGACACGGUGCUGCUGCACGUGCGGUGCUGCGGGGACAUUGCCACGCUGCUGGCCGUCAGCUACGCGCUGGCGCAGUCCACCAAGCUGUCCGCCUUUGAAAAGGCGGUGGCGGCCAUGGUUGACGAGACUCGCGGGCUGCCCGAGGCGCUGGCGGAGCAGGGGGAGGUGGCCCUGUCGGAGCGGCAGAUCGGGAAGCUGAUCGGCAAGGUGUUUGUGCUCAAGCGCUCGGUCAACCUGAUGGGCAGUGUGGCGGGGACACCGGAGUUCUUCUGGUACGCUCCAGACCAGUUGCAGGCGCUCUACAGCCGCAUCACGGAGUACGUGGAGUUGGCGGAGCGGGUGGAGCAGCUGAACGGCCGGUUCGCGGUGCUGCAGGAGAUGUUGGAGCUGCUCCGCUCGCAGGCCGAGGCGCGUCACGGCACGCGGCUGGAGCUGGUGGUGAUCUGGCUGAUCGUGGUGGAGGUGGUGCUGGGGGUGUUUGAGCUGCUGGAGCUGUUUGGGGUGGUGGGGCCGAGGCAUGGGGGAGGACUGUAGGGGGGGGAAGACCAUACCAAACCAUUGGAAACCACAGGUUAGGGCAAAGCAGCGGGGAUAGGAGGCGGCAGAGUGCCACAAGACAAAGUAGGGGGGGAUAAAGAGGAGGAAACGAAACGAGCUGUAUGAUAAGGCUAGGCUGGGCCUAGGGCACGGUUAGGGAUGUGGUGGGGGAGGGUGGUGUGGUAAGGGUGUGUGUGUUGCUACUAAGCAUAUGUAUAAAGAUGUGGGAAAGCAUGCGAGUAAACCUUAGUGCAGGCAUUGCCGGUAUUUAGGCUGGCGAGUGCGGUGAGCGCCUAGCAUUACGAUACACAGGGCUGUGGCAGCAGUUUUGCAGAAAAGCCGUUGCCACCUUCUGGACCGAAAGCGUGGCUACACGGGGAGUGCUGUACUUCCGUACACGAGCGGGUCCAGAGCGCAGUUGUGGGGCAGGACAGGCGCAGGCAUGGUUUGCUUCUUGUAUUGCAAUUUAAGAGCGAGAGGAAAGAGAGAGCGGGAGAAAGAGAUAGUGGAGCGGUCGAGUGUCAGUAUCCGUUGUGAAGGGUUGAGUGUUACGGGUACGCGAGAGAUGCUUUAUGAGUGAUCAUUGAUGGUACAGGUAUGGUCAGGUCCUAUUCGUGCAAACAUGUAUGGGGCUUACAUUUUUGAAGGAAUCCGUAGGAGUGUACAAGAUGAAGCUCAUGCACAUGCGAGGGAGUUCGUUGGCUCCCCGUGUUGCCCCUCCUCCCUCCCUCAACUCCCAUGAAAAGGCCCC